UCUUCGAUGAAAUGGAUAGAUAGCUUUGUCAAAAGGGAGGUCGCAUCCAGGGCUUCCGUGAGCCGUAGGGUUUCAGCUAACCUGAGGUCGGCUAGUUUGUUGCCACCAGACGCCAUUGCAAUGGCGGAUUUUGAUGUUUCUUCUGCUUCAAGUCCAGAACCGGACUGUUUCCUCGGGACGGGCCAUGAAUUCAUGGGAAUCGAAUCAGCUGACGUAGAGUACAACCCCUGGAAGAAUCCAGCAGGCGUGAAUGGAACAUCAAGACCAGCCCGCCCUCAGCAGCAGAAAUCCAGCGUGAGAUAUCAAUCCUCCGACGCGACAUUGCACCUGGCUGGCUUAGUUUGCACCCCCAUACUCUUCAAAAAGAGUGCUAACCUGAGGUCGGCUAGUUUGUUGCCACCAGACGCCAUUGCAAUGGCGGAUUUUGAUGUUUCUUCUGCUUCAAGUCCAGAACCGGACUGUUUCCUCGGGACGGGCCAUGAAUUCAUGGGAAUCGAAUCAGCUGACGUAGAGAAUACUCUGUUCGGGGCAACUGACCAACCAAUAUACGAGCUUCCUUCGAUCCCCUCUUCACAAAAUACUGUAGAUCACACUGAUGAGAUAUGUGAAUUGUCCCAGGGUGGCGAAACAACUCACUUGGGUUUUCGUCGCUUUUAUGAUGCUUGCGAGUUGGACUAUCCCGAACAGUUUCGUUGCGAUCCUAUUGCAUCUCCAUAUAUGAAUUUAACGCACAGAGGUCAUCACGAUCGUCAUCGCAAAGAUAGUUUGGCCUACAGACUUCAUUUGCUAACCAGGCGAAGUUUUUCUGACCGUUCUGUUUGGCUUCAUCAGUGUACCCUGAACAACACAUCGAACACAUCAGAGAGAAUCACUCGGGUAUUUCGCGUUGUGGAAUGCUACCAAAGUCAAAAGUCGGGGGUUCCUGGCUUGGUUCCCUUUCGGGCCCUGGAACUUCACCCACCAGAACAAGAGCCACCCGGACAACCUGACACGACGGCAAUGGACUCCCAGUCAGGCGUGAUUUUACUGCUUCCUGUCUCUGGACAACACAUGGGUAUUCAACAGUCCCCUCAAUUAAUUCUGGGGGACACUAUCCAUUUGGAUGAUGUACUACGUAUCUUCUCGCCUUGGUCAGUUUUGCCUGGACGUACAAAAGAAGAGCUAACUGUACUCUACCAGUUCUUCUGGGUUCAGCGUGUUCGUCCCCGCGACCUGCAUGGAUGGACAAAGUUAAAAACUAUUCCGAAUAACUCCAAUCUUACUGAACCAGACACGCUUCAGUUGUCCUGCUCCUGUUUGGCAUAUGGUUACACAGAAAGUGGCGCAGUCAGUAAGAACCCCCUGGCGCGUGCUAUUUUUCUUGUAUGUCUAAUGUCAGUUUCAUGUCUUGGUCUAAUUCCAGGCACGCGUUCAGCCAUCCAUAACUGCGCCAAUCGCUUCCGGCCUGCUUGCGAGAGUGACGAGGAAAUCGAACACGUUUAUUCAAAGCCCCUCGACCUGGAUCAAUUACAAAAUCCUGUGUUGGUUUUGGGCGUUUACCGAUUUUGGCUGGCGAGUAAGCUUAGAGACUUCCUCUUAAGCAUACAUUAUUCUUCCGGUUAUGGUCUGGUCGUACUUCCGAUGUCGCCGAAGACAAGUCCAGCGCUUCCUUUAAAUCAGCCUUCGCAUUUCGACGUAGGGAGUUUAUACGAAACCACUGGGCUGCUACAAAUUCCCGGGAGUCAAGUUCCUGAUGGGUUGCAGGAUAUUACUAAAGAGCGAAUAUCUGAACUUCAGCGCCGUCUACCUACCGAUUGCCUGCAGAAAUUUACGCAGUUUUGCUCAAAGUUAAGAGCACUCGCGGAACCGAAUGCCUCAUCUUUCGGGCCUUUCUGUUUGUGGGAUGCACGCAGCGCCAAAUUCAAUUUGGUUGAAACCAACUAUUUCAUCUGGCCGAAACUCGUGUCGUUUCACGAAGAACUCAAGCCAUUCAGUCGCUGUCACAUCCGAGGAACUCUGAUAUGUGAGACCUCGGAAGGUUCACUUAUAAAGGACGAGGAAUUACAUACACUCAAGUCUCUUGAACAAAGUUCCUGUCGAUUUGACACAACUGGAGCGAUAUGCUCAGUUUACGCCCAGAACAACGUGACGAGAGUCAUGUACGUUCUUGUUGAAUUCGCCACCGGGCCUCGCGUUAUACCUUGUUUCUGUCUGUCUGGUGUUCAAUCGGCUCUGAACCUUCUACACCACCAACAGAAAAUCGGGUCAACGUCAGAAUAUAUUCUCUCCUCAUCCACACUGUGGAACUAUCCCAUUACUGUCGAUGAUGCAGUCAGUGGCAUCGGUUGCGUGUUCGUUGAUCAUUUCACAAAGCUUCAUGUUGAUGUUCGAACGCGGAGAGUCGGAACGAGCCGAUGGUCUACACGCGCGGAUGAGUUGCUGCUUACUCCCGGAUAUGUGAGAUUAGAUUCGGUGGAUCAGCUGAGGCAACUGAGUCCUCAUCAAUUUAUUCGCUUUGAAGGUUCGUCCCUGCCCUGCAUGCGGCAUUCAUCGUUGUGCUUCUAUCCUUGUAUCAUCAAUCGAGUAAGUACAAGCCGGUCCCAUACCUGGCCACUGUGUAAUCACUGCUGCUCAUCCGACUUGCUACCUAUCCAGUGCGGAACCGAAAGGUCACAGGAAGCUGAUCCAAUCUCGCUACGGUGUCGAAGUUGUUCCAACGUGCUUGACGAGCCGUUGCAACUUUUUGAAGUUGAAGUCGGUAUACAGCUGGGAACCAAACGGUCUCAAGGUCUGACUGAUCCGUUUCAAAUAAGUUCCGACACACCACUGUUACAUCUGAACAUGUCACCCAAGCGAAUGUUUGCUUUGCUGGGACUGGCGGCUAACGAAUUCUCAAAGGACAUGCAUUUCAAUCCCAGAACUUUGUUAUACAAGAGAGUGGACGACGCACGUGGUCUUGUGAUUCACGUGGAGCGUGACCUCUCGUUAGUUGGACAGGCGUCUUCCGUCAGACGUAUCCUCGUUUUGGAACUUGACUACGACACCUGCUCACGUGAGCCGCAUUGAACCGAUUGUGGUUGUAUACUACUUGUACAGUUGAAUAUAAUUACACGUUUCUACCUCUCAUGCUGUGCUGUUUAACAUGGGUUUGAAAGGAGUGCACGAAUCUGAGCACUGAGGUGAUACGAUCUGUUUCUUUGUAACCCGAGUAGUUUACU